AGUCUCCCUCCCGUGCUUCUCUGCCUCAUAUGACCAGUAAUUCUAUAACUCACCGUACAAACUGCUGGUUCAGCUCCCACUUCUUGACUUGUAUGCUACAGGACGCGUCUGGUUGGAGCUUUCAAGAAAUAUUAAGUGGGGAAAGAUGGCUAGUACUUUCUCACGUCUCCUCGCUGGUCGGAAAACAGCUGUUCUCUUUGCAGCAGUGAGCACGGGUACCUUGACCACUGGAUACUUGUUGAAUCAGCAGAAUAUGAAAGCUGGUUUCCUUGAGAGAAAGAAACUGUUUCCUCCAAGCGCAGACUAUCCUGAUCUUCGUAAACACAAUAACUGUAUGGCUGAGUGCCUCACACCCGCAAUCUAUGCCAAUUUGAGGGACAAGAUGACUCCCAGUAGCUUUACACUGGAUCAGUGCAUCCAAACUGGUGUUGACAAUCCUGGCCAUCCUUUCAUUAAAACAGUGGGCAUGGUCGCUGGUGAUGAAGAAUCUUAUGAGGUAUUUUCUGAUAUUUUUGAUCCAGUGAUCAAAACAAGACACAAUGGCUAUGAUCCAAAAGUCAUGAAGCACCACACUGACCUGGAUGCCUCCAAGAUCACACAAGGACAGUUUGAUGAACACUAUGUCUUAUCAUCCCGUGUACGUACCGGUCGCAGUAUACGGGGACUGGCCUUACCUCCUGCCUGUUCUAGAGCAGAAAGGAGAGAGGUAGAAAAUGUUGCAGUCACAGCUUUGGCUGGACUGAAAGGAGAUCUUGCUGGAAAGUAUUACAGCCUGACUACAAUGUCAGAGAAAGAACAACAACAGCUUAUUGAUGACCAUUUCCUGUUUGAUAAACCAGUAUCCCCUUUGCUUACAUGUGCUGGGAUGGCCCGUGAUUGGCCAGAUGCCAGAGGAAUCUGGCACAACAAUGACAAAACAUUUCUCAUCUGGAUUAAUGAAGAGGACCACACCAGGGUGAUUUCCAUGGAAAAAGGUGGAAAUAUGAAACGGGUCUUUGAAAGAUUUUGUCGCGGAUUAAAGGAGGUUGAAAGGUUAAUUAAAGAACGAGGCUGGGAGUUUAUGUGGAAUGAACGCCUUGGUUACAUCUUGACCUGUCCUUCUAAUCUGGGAACAGGAUUACGUGCAGGGGUUCAUGUCAAGCUUCCAAAGCUCAGCAAGGACUCUAGAUUUUCAAAGAUCCUGGAGAACUUGAGACUACAAAAGCGUGGCACUGGAGGUGUAGACACAGCUGCUGUAGCAGAUGUGUAUGAUAUCUCCAACCUGGAUCGCAUGGGCCGAUCAGAGGUGGAACUUGUUCAGCUAGUAAUUGAUGGAGUAAAUUAUUUGGUGGACUGUGAGAAGAAGUUGGAAAAAGGUCAAGACAUCAAGAUACCACCACCACUGCCACAGUUUGGAAAGAAAUAAAACUAUUUUCAACUAUUGUUUAUUGAUCUAUAAUGCAUCUGUUUUGACAGACUAUUAACUAUGCAUAUUCAGUUACUAAAACCCUCUCUCCAGCUGGAAAUAAAAUUUGUCUAACAGAGAUAACAAUAAGAACCUAGCAACAUUCUAAAUAAAAAGCUAUCUGAUGGGUCAGAUAUUACAUGUCUUUGCAACUGUUUUCUGAAAUUAUAUGGCUUAAUAUUGUCAGCAUUAUGCUGGCAUAACUAAGUAGUGAUCCUUUAUGCAGUUAGCAGCAAAGAGAAAACAAAGAUUAUCAGAAGAAAUUCAAGGUAAUAUAAAAACACCAAAAGUUGCUCCCACUUGCUGUUCCUCUCUAUGUGCCUGGUUCUUACCUCACAAGGAAAAACCUUAUUAUGAGUGUUUAGCAAUUGGUAGCAAUAGACACAGCAAAUAUUUGCUAUUCAUCAAUAAAGUUGGCUCUUCUGCUA